AUGAAGAUGCCAGUGGCAUUACUCUUGCUACUGGCACUGAGCAUUGCCGUUAGAAUUGAUGCAGAAGAGAGUGGUGGAGUGUGUGAUUAUAAGCCAAGUUUAAAACCAAGACCACACAGUGUGUCCAUCUUGGAGUUUGGUGCUGUUGGAGACGGGAAAACAUUGAAUACUCUUGCUUUUCAGAAUGCCAUUUUCUAUCUCAAGUCAUUUACUGACAAGGGCGGUGCCCAGCUUUAUGUCCCACCCGGAAAAUGGCUUACUGGAAGUUUCAGUCUUACCAGCCAUCUCACACUCUUCCUGGAAAAAGGUGCUGUCAUUCUUGGAUCUCAGGAUCCAUCCCAUUGGGAUCUUGUUAAUCCCUUACCCUCAUAUGGUCGUGGGAUCGAACUUCCUGGAAAAAGAUAUCAAAGUUUAAUAAAUGGAGAUAUGCUAAAUGAUGUGGUAGUAACUGGUGAUAAUGGAACCAUUGAUGGUCAGGGUUCAGUUUGGUGGGAUUGGUUCGAGUCCCAUUCCUUGAACUACAGCCGCCCUCAUCUUGUGGAAUUUACAUCAUCUGAUUAUGUAGUUGUUUCAAAUCUUACCUUCUUGAAUGCUCCUGCAUAUAACAUUCAUCCAGUAUACUGCAGUAAUGUGCUUGUUCAAAAUAUUUCAGUCUCUGCUCCUGGAGAAUCCCCUUACACCAUUGGCAUAGUUCCAGAUUCUUCCAAUAAUGUGUGCAUAGAGGACAGCCUCAUCGAGGUUGGUUAUGAUGCAAUUGCCCUCAAGAGUGGUUGGGAUGAAUAUGGCAUCGCCUAUGAUAGGCCUACAAAGGAUGUGCACAUAAGAAGGCUCUACCUUCAAUCAUCGUCUGGCUCGUCCAUUGCCUUUGGUAGUGAGAUGUCUGGUGGCAUUUCUAAUGUGCAUGUGGAGCAGGUCCACAUAUAUAACUCAUUUAGUGGCAUUGAGUUAAGAACAACUAAGGGCAGAGGUGGUUAUAUUAAACAAAUCAUCAUAUCAAAUGUUGAAUUGGAAAAUAUCAACAUGGCAUUUGGUGCAAUUGGUGAUUGUGGGUCACAUCCGGAUGACAAGUUUGAUCCUAAUGCCCUCCCAGAUCUUGAUCAAAUCACUUUGCAAAAUGUGAUUGGUUCAAACAUCACUAUGGCAGGCAACUUCACGGGACUUGCAGAAUCUCCUUUCACCUCUCUUUGUCUUUUUAAUGUCUCCUUGACGAUUCCUGCCACCUUAACUUCUUGGACAUGUUCAAAUGUUGUUGGCUUUUCAGAGUCUGUUUCCCCUGAACCUUGUCCUGAACUCGAGAACUCAUAUUCAAAUUCUUCCGCAGUUUGCUAUUCCGACAUGAAUUCUUAUGGUAAAUCCGCAGCCUUAUGA